GUUGCACCGGUACUGCUUCGUUGUGACCAGUUCCAAUCAUCCGGCCGCGCUGCACGAACUUGCCAUUCCCUUUUGACUGGCUGUGUGUCCAACAGCGACCCCGAACGAUACGGCCAACUAUUUUUAACAAGGGCAUUGUUGUCUGUUUCUCAUUAUACUUUUCAUUGCAAUUCUACAGCAUGUCGUUUUGAGCAGUGUUGUUGUUGAACCUCUAUUUCGGGACAUUAUCCUAUGGCGAUUCGAUCUGCCCAUUCAGAGCAGGUCGUCAUUUCUCCAAGGUCUGGGGUGUCUCACUGCCUUGUUUCUGACAGCAUAACUUCAUUCGCUCGGUGUCAUGUCCUCAGCCGAACUCGCGGCAUCAUGGACCUUCUCGCAGUCGAACCAACAAGAUGGGAACCCCAUAGGGCCUGGAGCACAUGACAGCAUACAUCGCACAUCGGACGGUGAGAUCAGCUCUGCACAGCCUCCUUCUCAACCUUACCAAGAUACAUUCGAUUCCGAAGUGCAGUCAGAGCUGUAUGCAAGACACGGCGGGAACACCAGUUUCACGCCUGCACGCCUUCGAAUGCCUUCUGAUGCGUCCCAGAACCACUCGCUCAGCGAGGGCGUUGUCGGCAGUAGCUCGUGGCACAAUCAACCAUUUCAUGGUGAUCUCGCAGGUUUGACGCCGCAGACAACAGACACUCCUGGUCAACCGGCAAGAAACUCGUUCUUGUAUGGAAACCAGCUACUCACACCUACGUCAAUGACGACCAUUCGGGAUUGCUCGCCAGGAAGCCUCUUGAUACCGGGUCGAACAAGGAUCGACGGAGCCUACAAUGUAACGGGUGUUGCACAACACCAGCCUCCCUGGCCAGCACCCGCCCAAGUGUUGCAAUACUCGUCACAUUUGCAAAUCCCUCACGCGUCACAGGGGCAGAAUGUGCCACAAUUCCAUCUGCCUCUCACGGAGUACAACUUGUGCAACGCGGACACAACGCCGGAAUCAUCUUCGAAUCCGGGACACAAUCCCGCGACACAACACAAAUACAAUGAUCCGCCCACGGUCUCUCAGAAUGACUGGCAACCUUUGCAGAAGAGCGCGGAUUCGAGACAGCACAAUACAAUCGCAAUGCCUGCUUCAUCAAGUCAUUCUUCAAUGAUGCUGUUAGGGCCACACAUGCUCUACAAUCAAGAUCGACAUCGACUUGAACAUCCUUACCAAUUGGCAUCGGUGCACAAUCCGACCAGAAAUGAUAGCAAAACGACUACCGACGUUCCUCUAUAUACUUCGCACCACACACAUGAGGUUCAUGAAGCACCCAUACCAGAGCAGCCACGGUUCGAUCAAAAUUACCACGAAAUCAACCUGCGAUCGAUAUUCACAAAUGUCCACCAUGGGUCAUUGAUGGGCAUCGACGAGAAAUUAUUAACAAUGUCGGCGUAUUACCUCUCCCAUAUAGAGACCCAAGGCCUCCAUCUAGAUUGCCAGGACCCAAACGGCGCAGAGAACGAAUGCAUCCGCAACCAACGCACUCGCGAUUGGGACAUUUUCAACCACGCCUGGCUUACAGCGCUCCAGCGACAGCUCGAACUGACCCAUCACUCCACACAAGCACAACAUCCGUUGCGCGAUGCCGCUUCGGUCAUGGAUAUACCGGCGCUCGAGGGCUUGGCAGAUGAGCUCGUUCGGCUGUGCGACAGAGUGGACAAGUAUGGAUUGGUAGACUUCCAGAUGGGCGUUGCCGAAGAUGAGAUUAUCGAUCUCAUCCUUCGUUGUCUGGCCGCCUUGGAACCUAGGCAAGAUGAGCCUUCCAAUUCCAUCGAAACAGAUUGAUCCGCCCGUUUCUGUCAGGAGGCAGCUGAUUCUCUGCCCUCAAUUCAAGAACAUGGAAAAGCUGGCGAGGGAUAAACUGCCCUCGACCAUUUCGAGCCAAAGAAGAUAUAUCAGCACUGAGUGAAACCGAUAUGCCAACACUGCUAUCCCUUCUCUUUUGACUAUGCCCAGGACGCGAAUUCACUGACCAAGAUCUCCUCGGCGGACACGUCAAUACCAUCAGAAAUCCUUUUUUCUCGUUUUGAGAAUAGACUAGGGCCAACAAUCCCGCCGACGACCA